AUGCCCACAAGAUCAGGCGCUCGCUUAGGGAGACCCGCGGCCAGUUCUAAGAAGAAGGCCGCGGCCCCUGUAGAACACGCCGAAACACCAACCAGUGCGCUCCGAAAUCAAGUUUGCGCCAUCUUUCGCGAUGCGCAAAGGACCACAGCCACGCAUCGAAAGCUGGCGGUCAACCUUCGAAAGAUCCAGGAAGCCUGCUGCUACGAGCCCGUCGAUCCGAGAAAACAAUCACCCGACGAAUUUGACGAGAAGGCGUUUAACCACGAGUUUGUUCGAUGCGUGCUGCGCAUCAUGCCGGUGAAGAAGGCAGAGAGCGUUGGCGAGAAGCUGGUCCGAUUCAUUGGGCUUUUCCUGAAGCAUGCUUCAGACAAGGACAAUGAGCUGCUGGAUGAGGCCGAUGUCGACACGAGUUUGAUGCCCGAGACCCCAAGUACACGACUUUCUUCACAAGUCCUCCAGACUGCCCUCUCCUUAAUGCAAGCCAAAGACAAGUAUGUGCGAUUUAGGUCAACACAACUCGUCUCUCACAUCAUCAAUUCGCUUGAUGCCAUCGAUGACGACCUGUUCCAGAAUCUUCGCAACAGCCUGUUGAAACGAAUUCGAGACAAGGAGGCCAUGGUCCGCGUUCAGGCAGUGCUGGGCCUUGGUCGACUUGCUGGAAACCAACCCGAAGAGGAGGCCAACUCAGAUGACAGCGACAACCAAUCCACCGGCCUCUUAGAGAAACUGCUUGACGUCUUACAGAACGAUCCGAGCGCCGAUGUCCGACGGUCUCUUCUUGUGAACCUCCCAAUCCUACCCACUACCCUCCCAUACCUCCUCGAACGCGCAAGAGACCAGGACGCCGCCACUCGAAGGGCAGUCUACUCGCGUCUUCUGCCAGCUCUCGGGGAUUUCCGCCAUUUGUCUUUAUCUAUGAGAGAAAAGCUCCUCCGGUGGGGUCUUCGUGAUCGAGACGAGAACGUACGGAAGGCGGCAGGAAGACUCUUCCGGGAGCGUUGGAUUGCAGAUUGUGCUGGCGUAGCGCCACAAGAGGAAGCACCACCAAACUUUGAGGGCUUGUUGGAGCUUCUGGAGAGAAUCGAUGUCAUCAACUCUGGAGUCGAGAAUGGAGUGGCUCUUGAGGCAAUGAACGGCUUCUGGGAGGGUCGCCCAGAUUAUCGUGAGGCUGUAGUCUUGGACGAUCUGUUCUGGGAGACUCUGUCCGCCGAAUCCGUCUUUAUGGCUAGAAGUUUCAAUGACUUUUGCCGUAGCGAGGGUGAUGGUCGAUACGAGGCCCUGGUAGAGGAGAAACUCCCAGAAGUCACCAAGCUAGCUUUCUUCCUAGAGCGCUAUCUGAAGGUCUUGGUGGAUGCAAUCAAAAGAGUGGCAAACCUUGAUGCCGAGGAAGACGAAGAAGAGGACACCGUCGAGCAGGAAUUCAUCAUCGAACAGAUGCUCCAUAUUGCGCUGACCCUUGACUACUCUGAUGAAGUCGGCCGAAGGAAGAUGUUUACGCUACUUCGCCAGUCCCUUGCUAUUCCAGAACUCCCAGAUGAAGUUACAAAGCUUACCAUGGAGACCCUUCGAUAUAUUUGCGCGCCAGAUGCUGCUGGAGAACGAGAAUUCUGCAGUGUUGUUCUCGAGGCCGUUGCUGAUGUACACGACACAAUUGUGGAUGAUGAUGUGCCUGGGGACGACGACGAGAGCUUCGUCUCUGCCAAAUCCGAUCUCAGGAGCCGGGAGAACACUCCUGCUCCUGAUUCCAAGAAGGAAUCUGAGAUGAGUGAAGAGGAGGCUCACGAGAAGGCAGUGAGAGAAAUUGUUGUCAACUUGAAAUGUCUUCACAUCGUCCAAUGCAUGCUUACACACGUCGCCGGGAACCUCAAGGACAACACAGACUUGGUCUCCAUGUUGAACAACCUGGUAGUUCCAGCUGUGCGAAGCCACGAAGCACCCGUUCGCGAAAGAGGACUUCUCUGCCUGGGACUUUGCGCCCUGCUAGACCGCUCAUUGGCCGAAGAAAAUCUAGGCCUCUUCAUCCACUUCUUCACCAAGGGACACACAGCCUUGCAGAUCACGGCCCUACAUAUCUUGACAGAUAUCCUAAACGUUCAUGGAGCUCAACUGCUUGCCACAACUCCAGCUGUUAUCAAGGUAUACGUCAAGGCAGUCAAGGGUGGUGGCAGGUCAUCCGAGGUGCAGGCUGCGGCUACGAUAGCAGCAUCCAAGCUCCUCCUAGGACGUGUAAUCGCUGAUGAAGAGGUUUGCGAAGAGCUGCUCAAGUCUCUUGUAAUUGCCUACUUCGAUCCCGCGUCCUCUGCCAACCAGACGGUUAGACAAGCCCUCAACUACUUCUUGCCAGUAUUCUGCUUCUCUCGCUUGGAGAAUCAGGAUCUUAUGAGAAAGGUCUCGUUAUUAGCUCUCCAUUCUCUGCUCAACUUGCGUGAGGGUCUGGAGGAUGAUGAUGUUGAUGUUGAGGAGGACAUGGUCAGUAUGACGACCAUUGGUGCUUGUUUGGUGGACUGGACCGACCCGCGGAAGUGCUACAGCCCAGAACUCCUUCUUGAGGGGGAGAAGAAGGCUCCCAAUGGUGAUGUACAUCUUGAUUUCGCCUGCGAUAUUCUAGAAAGGCUCCGUGGAAACAUUAACAAAGCGGAAAAGAAGUUGGUUGCCGGCCUUCUCGGAAAACUCUACGUAUCACCCAACUCCUCCGAAGAGAAGCUCCGUGAAACAUACGACGUUAUCUGCGAAGCCAUCGAGGAGGGCCUAGUCACCGACACCACCGGCCGCAACGCGCUGCUCAAGAUUCACGUCAGUCUCGGCAAGAUUGUCAACAGUCUGGAUGACCAGCGCCCAGCGCAAGGCCGCACCAGCCGCAGUGAUCCGGAUGAAGAUAAGGAGGUUAAGGUUGAAGAUGAUAGCGAUAAUAGUACGGUGGUGCCAGAGAAUCCGGAGAGGGACGAACUUGUUGAGGAGUUGUUGUCGGAUGAGGAUACCAAAAUGGAGGAUGCGUGA